UGUGAGAGGCAGCCUCAGUUGCAGGAGCAGGGUUUCCCCGUGAGGAGCAGCGAGAGGAGCAGAGAGAGGAGCAGAGAGAGGAGCAGAGAGAGGAGCAGGAGGAGUAGAGGUGUUGUGUGAUGAUGGAGGCGGCCAGCUUUGACACCGAGGAGAGCUUUGACGUUGACGAUGCCUCCUGUCUCUCCCAACAGAACCCGGGGAACAAUUCGCCAGCUAAGAGGCAGAACAAGGAGAUCAAGGAGACCAAGAUAACAAUCAACUGUGUCACCUUCCCGCUGCCCAGUGUGAUGCCAGAUCAGCCAGAGCAGCAGCUACUGAAGCCCAAUGAGUGGAGCUACUGUGACUACUUCUGGACUGACAAGAAGGACCCCCAAGGGACCCCCUCUGUGGGCGGCUUUGAGGUGCUGCUGCAGAAACAGCUCAAGGGCAAACAGAUGCAGAAAGAGAUGGCUGAGUUUGUCCGGGAGAGGAUAAAGAUUGAAGAUGAAUACUCUAAGAACCUCUCCAAGCUCUCCCAGAGCCCCUUGGCUGCUCAGGAGGAAGGAACCCUUGGGGAAGCUUGGGCCCAGCUGAAGAGGAGUUGUCAUGAUGAGGCUGAAGUCCACCUCAAGUUCUCCAAUAAGCUCCAGUGUGAGGUGGAGAAGCCCCUGCUAACGUUCAGAGACAACUUCAAGAAGGAGUUGAAGAAGUAUGAUCACCACAUCAUAGACCUCAGGAAGCAGCUGGCCAGCCGCUAUGCAGGCGUGGAGAAGGCCCGUAAAGCCCUGGCAGACCGGCAGAAAGAUCUGGAAGUGAAGACCCAGCAGCUGGACAUCAAGCACAUGAACAAACACGAGGAGGACAUCAAGAAGGCCCGGCGGAAAUCCACACAAGCAGGUGAUGACCUGAUGCACAAUGUGGACCUGUACAACCGGGCCCAGUCCAAGUGGUUUGAGGAGAUGGUCACCACAAGCCUGGAGCUGGAGAGACUUGAGGUUGAGAGGGUGGAGAUGAUACGACAGGAUUUACGCCUGUACACAACGCUGCGACAUGAAACUGACAUGUUCAACCAAAGUACGGUGGAGCCAGUGGAUCAGCUGCUUCAGAGUGUGGACCCAGCCAAAGACCGAGAGCUGUGGGUGCAGGAACACAAGACCGGGGAGCUCCGCCCUGUGGACAUGGACAUAUAGUUAACUACACUGACGUACCUCAAGCAGCCAGAGGCAACACCUCCAUACUGUCAAAAUCCCACCCAGGCCUCUCACAGAACAUUCCAACUACAGCUACAGGUGCAGGUGCAUGUAUGUUCAGGAUAAGGUGAGGCCGGUACAUUCUGUCUAUGAUGACAUCAGAAUAGCACAAUGUUAUCUCAGUGAUAACUGGAGAAAAGUUAUCAUUCCCAAUGCAGUGCUUUUGAACCUACAAUGGAAAAACAAGAGAUAAAUAGUCCAAAUACCAGCAUGUUACACUAAUACAAUGUUUGAUAGUUUUACUCUGUAUAAUGAAUGCCAGUAAACAAGCUUAAACAAUAAUUUUGUUUUUUUAUCUGUUACCCUGUUAAGAAGGAUACAUUUUUAUGUAUUUGAGGAAUAGAUUGGAUGCAUUGUAAAACCUUAGAAUUUUGGCAUAUAAACUGAACAACGAAUUAUUAACAUUUCACUUUAUUUUAGAUAGUGGAAUAUGAAACAUUAUGUGAUAUCCUAGAUUAAAUAUGAUAUAUUUUCAGAUUUACGCCCAUUCAUUUGACCUGUCAAGAUAUGCAUGUUUUGGGAAAAUAUCUUACAUUUACUGUAUAUGGUUAAGUGCAUAUUUGUGAAAUAUGAUGGCUGUCUUGGCACUGUAGUACAAUGUAUAUGGGAUGUGUUUACAGAAAGUAUAUACCCCAAGUUACUGCACUCAAUGAACAAGAGUGAAUCAAGUCAUUAAGGUUUGUCAUGAACAUGAAUUUAUGUACAACAACCUCUCUCUAAGUUGAAUAGGGUAAGAUGUUUAGGAUUGUGAAACAGCAUGUCUGUCACAUGUCACCUCGUGUGGCAGAUUGGAACAUAGGCCUGAGUCUAUUUUGGAUCUGUGGUGAGACAAUGAUGACGACGAUCCAUGUUACAAUGAACACCUUUUAGUGCCUCAAGGUUAUAAACAGUACCUGGAAUGUUGUUGAUAUAUUCUAUUCUGCAUCAGUGUAUAUUUGUAGAUACAAGCUAGAUGUAUUUUGCUGUUAACUGUUUAAUUGGUCUUGCACUUUCGGUCAACUAAAUGUUUGUACCUUGUUGUUUGUAUGAAUUAUACCAAGAUAAUAGUCAACAGAUUCUAAAGUCAUUCAUUCAUUUUGCACGGCACUUUGUGAGUCAACCAUUGCUUAGAGUUGGGAAUUGCUAUUUUGCAUUUAUCCUAAAUACAGUCCAUUUUGUAUUUCUAGGAGUGCUUUGUAUUUCUAGGAGUGCUUUGUAUUUCCAGGAGUGCUUUGUAUUUCCAGGAGUGCUUUGUAUUUCCAGGAGUGCUUUGUAUUUCCAGGAGUGCUUUGUAUUUCCAGGAGUGCUUUGUAUUUCUAGGAGUGCUUUGUAUUUCUAGGAGUGCUUUGUAUUUCUAGGAGUGCUUUGUAUUUCCAGGAGUGCUUUGUAUUUCCAGGAGUGCUUUGUAUUUCCAGGAGUGCUUUGUAUUUCCAGGAGUGCUUUGUAUUUCCAGGAGUGCUUUGUAUUUCCAGGAGUGCUUUGUAUUUCCAGGAGUGCUUUGUAUUUCCAGGAGUGCUUUGUAUUUCCAGGAGUGCUUUGUAUUUCCAGGAGUGUGCUUUGUAUUUCCAGGAGUGCUUUGUAUUUCUAGGAGUGCUUUGUAUUUCCAGGAGUGCUUUGUAUUUCCAGGAGUGCUUUGUAUUUCUAGGAGUGCUUUGUAUUUCCAGGAGUGCUUUGUAUUUCCAGGAGUGCUUUGUAUUUCUAGGAGUGCUUUGUAUUUCCAGGAGUGCUUUGUAUUUCCAGGAGUGCUUUGUAUUUCCAGGAGUGCUUUGUAUUUCCAGGAGUGCUUUGUAUUUCCAGGAGUGCUUUGUAUUUCCAGGAGUGCUUUGUAUUUCCAGGAGUGCUUUGUAUUUCUAGGAGUGCUUUGUAUUUCCAGGAGUGCUUUGUAUUUCCAGGAGUGCUUUGUAUUUCUAGGAGUGCUUUGUAUUUCCAGGAGUGUUCAGUUGGACGCUCCAAGUCACAUUUUAAUGACUCGCAAAAGCUCAUCAGAAAAAGUGGUCAAUGUUACUUGCACUGGAACCUGUGCUUGUCCAUACAUUUCAUACAGUAUGCUAUUAACAGAUAAUAGCAUAGCCUUUAGCCAACAUAUCCACCUUAAAAAGCGUACAUAACGUGAUAUAAAAUACUGCAUGUUUGUCUGUCUAUCUGUCUGUCAGUCUGUAUUUUGCCGUUAGUUAUUCUGGAAGUGUAACAAAGCAGGGACUUACUGUGUUUAUGGACCAUCUCCUCGGACUAUCACUCCUUUCAUAUUCUAAUGUGGAUAAUACAUUCACUAUUCUAAGACAUGCAUACAGAGAACACAUCUAUUCAGUAUAUAGACAACGUCUAUUCAGUAUAUACAUGCCUUAUCCACAUUGUUUCUAGGUGAGAAAAUAUGAAAAUACCACUGAAAUGAUUUGCAUUAUUCAAUCCCAAACUAAUCCAGAUUGAAAUGUUGUACUUAUUGUAUAUGUUAUCAGUAUGUGAUAGUAUGUGUUGACAGUAUGUGUCAAUGUUAUAUGUGUUAUGGUAAAGUUCUUACAUUAGAAGUUAAUGUACUUAACUUAACCAGUCAUUUUAUAGUAAUGUUAAUGUUGAUUUAAUUACCUUUUGUUAACUGAUUUCCAUUUCUCAUGUACAUCAAUUCAAAUGCUUUCAAUCUUUAAAGAAAUGUCAAAUCAUUGGUGACCUUUGUCCAGACAAUAUACUGUAGAAUGCUGUGUUUACAAUAAAUUGUUUCCUUGGAAAUACGAUUUGACAAUACUUAAAAGGGUUU